AUGAAUCAUUUUGCAAAGGUUUGCAAAAGUAGUCAAAAUCGAGAUCAAAAUAAAUUUCCUCGACAGCCUCGCUCAUCACGCCAAUUCAACAACUCGUCAAUUAACACUGUUAAUAGACAGCACACUGACGAUGAAAGCAACUCAUCCUCGGAAGAUGAAUACAUCUACAUGGUGAACACAAGCUCAGUAGUUGCGUCCAAGGACAAUUUGACUUCCAAAUUAAAGAUCAAUCGAACGAAUUUUCGAGCACUCAUCGACACCGGGGCGUCUAUCAACAUUAUAGACGAGCCGACAUUUCAACACUUAUGUAAACAAAGACCUAUUAAAAUACAUCGUUCAAAAGCACGAAUAUAUGCGUAUGCUGCACAAUCGCUGCUUCCUAUGCUGGGAGUAUUCGAAGAAAUCAUCGAGUCGAAGACAAAGAUGACAACCGCCAAAUUUCACGUCGCAAAAGGGGACAAUGGCAACUUGCUUUGCUCAGAAACUGCAAAACAACUACAAAAGUAA